AUGUCAGAAGAGGAGAAGGGCACCAAAGGUGUCGAGGACGUGAGCUUGAACGACGAGAAGCCUACAUCGACGGAUAGCGGCGACCUCGACAUUGAUCUGGAAGCCUGGGGCGAAGAACAUGGCUACGUACUGGACGUCGAAGUGUUAAAGACCAUCACCCCAAAGUGGAGGAACUACCAACUGGCCAGCGAUGGUAAGACCGUUCUGAUCCCGCAGCCUUCGUCGGAUCCCAAUGAUGUCUUGAACUGGAGCUGGAGCAAGAAGCAUACAAUCCUGUUUGUGAUCGCAGCAACAGCGUUCUUACCCGAUUAUGGCAGUGCCACUGGAGCUGUCACCCUUAUCCCGCAGUCUAUCGAAUGGGACAUCUCGCAGGAUACCGUGAAUCACAGCCAGGUUGGGAAUGUGUUCAUGCUGGGCGCUGGCGGUAUAUUCGUAGUUGCACUAGCAGCAUACUUCGGCCGUCUACCUGUCCUCUUCUGGUUCACCUUCACGGCUGUCUGGACUGCGGCAGGCUGUGCGGGCUCUGGGACCUUCGACUCCUUCAUGGCCUUCCGCAUUCUCAACGGCUUCUUCUCGACUGUGGCUCAGGGAGGCGGUGUCAUGUUCAUCAAAGACCUCUUCUUCAUCCACGAGCGAGCACGGAAGAUCAACAUCUGGGCGUCUUUCGUUAUCCUUUCGCCAUACUUCGGCCCGCUUUUCACUGCUUUCAUCACGGAAACCCAGAAAUGGCAGUGGGCAUUUGGGGUGUACACCAUCAUGACUGGACUCUGCUUGAUCGCGCAGAUCGCAUUCGGCGAAGAAACCUACUUCAACCGCAAGAUACCCAUCGAUGAGCGUCCCGUACGACAACCCGGCGUAGGAGGCCAGAUGAAACGACUCAUCGGGAUCGAACAGUGGCGCGACAGGAAGCAGCGCAGCACCUUCAGCCAAGCCGCAAUGCGACCCAUCCUCGUUCUCAUCAAGCCCACGGUCUUCCUAUCCACCGUCUACUACCUCCUCACCUUCGCGUGGGUCGUGGGCAUUAACACGACUCUCAGCAUCUUCGUCACGCCUCUCUACGGCUUCGGUCUGAACCAGAUUGGCUACUUCUACUUCACGCCCAUCGUUGCCGCGACGCUGGGCGAGAUCGCCGGGCACUGGCUGCACGAUGCUAUUGCCAACGCUCUGACCCGACGAAGUAAGGAGAAGAAACUGGAGCCCGAGUACCGUCUCAUGGCUAUUGCGAUUAGCACGCCGUUCAUCCUUACUGGGUUGGUGGUUCUGGGAUUCGCGUUGGAGAACGGGUGGCAUUACAUGAUCGCUGCCGUGGGCUGGGGUCUUUACGUCUUCGGCAUCAUGAUCACCACAGUCGCCAUAACAGCGUACUGCCUCGACAGCUAUCCCGAGGGAAGCGGCGAAGUUGCUGCCUGGAUCAACUUCGCACGAACGACAGGCGGCUUCAUCGUCUCCUACUUCCAGAUCACAUGGGCCAACGCAAUGGGUACGAAGAAGAGCUUUGGCAUUCAAGCUGCUAUUUGCGUGUUCGCGUAUAUGAUUAUUGUCUUCCUGCAAUCCUAUGGGAAGAGGAUACGAGAAAAGUCUGGACCGCUUAAGUUCAAGACUGAUUAG